GGCUCAGCCGCCACCUCAGCGAGCCACCUCCGGCGCCUCAGCCUCGCCCUCCGCCCCGCGCCCGCCCGCCCGCCGCGCCGCCCGACCCCGCCGCCGCCCCGCACGCCCCCAGCCCCUCAAGCCAGAUGAUGAACUUCCUGCGGCGCCGGCUGUCGGACAGCAGCUUCAUAGCCAACCUGCCCAAUGGCUACAUGACCGACCUGCAGCGGCCCGAGCCCCAGCAGCCGCCGCCGCCGCCCCCUGGCCCGGGCGCCGCCUCGGCCUCGUCCGCGCCCCCGGCCGCCUCGCCCGGCCCCGAGCGGAGGCCGCCGCCCGCCCAGGCGCCCGCGCCGCAGCCCGCGCCGUCGGUUGGCAGCAGCUUCUUCAGCUCGCUGUCCCAAGCCGUGAAGCAGACGGCCGCCUCGGCGGGCCUGGUGGACGCGCCCGCGCCCGCGCCCGCCGCCGCCAGGAAGGCCAAGGUGCUGCUGGUGGUCGACGAGCCGCACACCGACUGGGCCAAGUGCUUUCGUGGCAAAAAAGUCCUUGGAGAUUAUGAUAUCAAGGUGGAACAGGCGGAAUUUUCAGAGCUUAACCUGGUGGCUCAUGCAGAUGGAACCUAUGCUGUGGAUAUGCAGGUGCUCCGGAAUGGCACGAAGGUUGUCCGGUCCUUCCGGCCAGACUUCGUGCUCAUCCGGCAGCAUGCGUUCGGCAUGGCAGAGAACGAGGACUUCCGCCACCUGAUCAUUGGCAUGCAGUACGCAGGCCUCCCCAGCAUCAACUCCCUGGAAUCUAUUUACAACUUCUGUGACAAGCCGUGGGUGUUUGCCCAGCUGGUGGCCAUCUACAAGACACUGGGAGGAGAAAAGUUCCCACUCAUUGAGCAGACAUACUACCCCAACCACAAAGAGAUGCUGACACUGCCCACAUUCCCUGUGGUGGUGAAGAUUGGCCAUGCUCACUCCGGCAUGGGCAAGGUCAAAGUGGAAAACCACUAUGACUUCCAGGACAUUGCUAGCGUGGUGGCCCUCACCCAGACUUAUGCCACGGCAGAGCCUUUCAUUGACGCCAAGUAUGACAUCCGGGUCCAGAAGAUUGGCAACAACUACAAGGCUUACAUGAGGACAUCGAUCUCAGGGAACUGGAAAACGAACACUGGCUCUGCAAUGCUGGAGCAGAUCGCCAUGUCAGACAGGUACAAGCUGUGGGUGGACACCUGCUCUGAGAUGUUUGGCGGCCUGGACAUCUGUGCUGUCAAAGCUGUACAUGGCAAAGAUGGGAAAGACUACAUUUUUGAGGUCAUGGACUGUAGCAUGCCGCUGAUUGGGGAACACCAGGUGGAGGACAGACAACUCAUCACCGAACUAGUCAUCAGCAAGAUGAACCAGCUGCUGUCCAGGACUCCUGUCCUGUCUCCUCAGAGACCCUUAACCACCCAGCAGCCACAGAGCGGAACACUUAAGGAUCUGGACUCGAGCAAGACCCCACCUCAGCGGCCACCGCCCCAAGGGGGCCCUGGGCAACCCCAAGGAACGCAGCCCCCAGGCAAGGUGCUGCCUCCACGCCGGCUCCCCCCUGGACCAUCACUGCUACCUUCCUCCUCUUCCUCCUCCUCCUCUUCCUCCUCCUCGGCUCCUCAGCGGCAGGGCGGCCCCGCCACCCACGGAGAUGCACCCUGCAGCAGCAGCUCCCUGGCAGAGGCCCAGCCACCCCCAGCUGUUCCACCACAGAAGCCCCAGCCUCACCCACAGCUCAACAAGUCGCAGUCCCUGACAAAUGCCUUCAGCUUCUCUGAGUCCUCCUUCUUCCGGUCUGCAGCCAGUGAGGAUGAAGCCAAAGCGGAGACCAUCCGGAGCUUGAGGAAGUCCUUUGCCAGCCUCUUUUCAGAUUAGCUCUCCAGACACUCGGGGCAGCCGGCCCAGCCGGGGAAGGCCUCCAAGACACGCGCCAACAGCAGUCGGCCCGCUUGGUGGUGAUGUCCCGUGCCCUUGACGUGCGUGGCCCCUCCCCCUGCUCCGUUGUGCUAAGUGAUGUUGUGCAGCCCCAAAAGGACCAUGUGACAGUCUCAGGGCAGGUGCCUAACCAGCGAGGGGCACCUGACAUCAGAGAGGAGAGAGCUGCUUCCCUGUAGUCACGAGAGCUUCCUUCUGAAGUCAUCGUUCGCUGUGAGUUUAGUGGCCUUAUUGUGACAGCGCCAUCAUGUCUUAUUCUCCCCGUGAAACCAGGAUGACUUGAGGCCUCCUGGCAGCUUAACCUAGCUCAGAUGCAGUGCUAAGCAUGCCUGCUUUAGUCAGUGACACCUGUGUGGGAAGUAAAUACCCCCCCAAAGUACUCUUGGCCCUAAGUUUUAGGAACUUUCCCAAACCUGGAUCCCUUGUCACAGCGUGUUAACUGUUUAAAACACACCCGCCUGCCCACAGAAGCCUAGACUGCUGCAGUGGUGAGGCACCUGAGGUGCUGGUGUUCGGGAGAGCAAGGGUCUGCAGUCUCCCCCACCUCCGCUCUGGAGAGUGGCUCUUCUGUGUGGUCUGGGGUGACCUGGAAUUCCAAAGCUGCACCGCAGAGAAUGCAUGCCACUGUGACAGCAGUAUGCCAAGUUUUGUGUUCAUCUCCCAAUAAACGUUAAGACUUCUGGUGUAAUAAAA